AACCUCCACUCCUGCUCGCCCAAGGCCCAAACUCAACAUUUAAAAAAAAAAAAAAACAAGGCGGCCCGCUCUCCCCGGCUGCUCCCAUGGCGAAGGAGGACCCGGGGCCUCAGCCGGCGGAGGGCGACGCCCCGUUGCCGGCGGGGUUCAUCUUCAGGUGCGACGGCGCGACCAAGCCCGAGUGCUUCAGGUACAGGGUGCUGGGCCUGCCGCGGCGGAGGCUGGGCGCCGUCUCCCGGAUCAGGCGCGGCGCGGCGCUCUUCCUCUACGACUUCGACGCCAGGUACCUCUACGGGCCCUACCGCGCCGACUCCGACGGCGGGCGCGACCUCGAGCCCGCCGCCUUCGAGGGCCGCCUACCCGCCCAGGUCAAAUUCAUGAUUGAUGGUGAUUUCAUGCCUGUCCCAGGGAAAAUCGUAAGAUACACCAUAAAAGAGAAUUAUCCCGGCAAAUUCUUGCCAGAACUUACCUUUGCACAAGUUGAGAAACUGAGAGCAUUGUUCCGUCCAAUUACUUCACUGCCAGUGCCAGAGGCACCACCCCUGCAUUAUGUUGGCAACAGUCAUUCCGCUCCAUCUGCUGCUUUUCUGCUUCCUUCGGCUUCAUCUUCAGACCCAACACAGCCAGCUGCUUAUGUGCCUCACCCAAGCGCCUAUGUUCUCACUCCAGCUGCUCAGCUGGUGCCAAAUGAACCUUAUGCAUGCCCAGAUUCUCACCUUCCUGCUCCGACUGCUCAAUUUGCCACGCCUGCUUACUAUGUGACCACGACUGCGCAUCCGUAUCAAGCAGGUUAUCAAGCAUAUGGUGCAUCGCCUGCCACCUACCACUACACCCAAGCGCCUCCUUUGCAACUUGUCUAUGUGCAAGCCCAACACCCUGUGCCAGAACAUGUUACAGACCCUGCCUGUUCCUCUGAACCCAACUAUGAUGCUAAUGGGAAUGAUCCGUAUCGAUUUGAUGCUGUGAAGUCUCAGUACCUGGAAACUACUUCUGGGAGAGCUGCUGCACCACAUGAAGUGGCCGCGAAGAACCCGCAACUUGUCAUGCACUGUGUGUACGCCCCAGGCAGCGAGUGUGCAACCGGAGAAACUACGCAGUCCAGUGCUGAAGGAGCCGCAUCGGCGGUCUACUCCCAUGUGGGUGCCCCAGCAAUCACUCAGGCUGCACCAUUGGUGUACGCCGUCGCAGCUGCACCACAUGAAGUGGCCGGGACGAACCUGCAACUUGUCAUGCACUAUGGGUACGCCCCAGGCAGCGAGGUUGCAACUGGAGAAACUACGCAGUCCAGUGCUGAAAGAGCUGCAUCGGCAAUCUACUCCCAUGCUGGUGCCCCAGCGACUACUCAGGCUGCGCCAUCGGUGUAUGCCGUCGCAGCUGCACCGGCUAACCUGUGAUUGCCCUCUCACCAUUCAGUCUUUCCGGCAACAUGGUCAACCCGAACCAAGUGAGCUGUUACUCUGCCCUGUCGUGUUUCACCAUUCUACCCAGACGAGGGACUGGAAGUUCAGAUCGACUAAAGAUGAUAUCGCUCUCCUUUCUGCUGAUGUGUUUGGUAUGAUGUAUAGAAGGAUUCAGCUGCUGCUGUUUAGUUCGUUAGACUGGUGGUACUAAUAUCCCUAUAAUUUUCAUAUUGUAGACGGGAGUGGAAUUUUUCCCCAAUUGCCGCCACAUGGCGCCUAUCGCAAAAACCAUCCCCUUGUGAGUUGGUUUUGCAGGGUGCAAACCGUAACCAGGAACUAUUACUCUUGUCUGGUUAAGACGGUAGGUAA